UUCAUCAUCUCCAUUGUUGAAUCGCGCGCUCAUCACACUGCUCUGCUCGCUGAGUGUUUACGGUAGCUCGCGCCUCUCGUCCUGAGUGAGACUACUACUUUAAUCGCGCAUUUCGUGAGCGUGGGUUGAUAGCUCUCUCUCUCUAUCACUCUUUGUUGCCGAGUCGUCCCAGAACUUCACGUCAGGAUUAUGGGCUUUGACCUAGAGCGUUUCGAAGGUCCCGUGGACCCGGACCUAAUCUGUAAACUGUGUGGGAAAGUUCUAGAGGAUCCUCUCAGCACUCCGUGCGGACAUGUCUUCUGCGCCGUCUGCGCGCUCCAGUGGCUCUCCAAAGUCAGCAUCUGCCCUGUCCAGUGCCAGAAGAUCUCCAGGAAAGAGCUGAACCACGUCCUGCCACUAAAAAACCUCAUUCUCAAGCUGGACGUCAGAUGCGACCACCGUGAACGAGGCUGCAACCGGGUGAUGAAGCUCCAGCAUCUGCCAGAGCACGCGGAGACCUGCGCAUUCUCUCCGGUCAGAUGCGGGAAUGAAGGAUGCGACGCGGUGCUCAGCUUGAAGGAUGUGGCUUCGCACAUGCGGGAGGGAUGCGAGCGCAGGGCCGUGGAGGUCUGUGAGGACGGAUGUGGACUCGCGCUGACCCUCAAGGAGAGGUCCGAGGACCACAGCUGUCUCCAAGCUCUCAAGACACACAGCGGUCUCCUCCAAAGCAAAGUGCUGAGUCUGGAGAAGGAGCUGAAGCGCCAGUCGCUGAGCUUCAGUAAGAGGGAGAGAUCGCUCCUCUCCAAACUCUCCGCGCUCCACUGCGAGCUGCACAUCACGGCGCUCACAUUUCAGAAGAAAAUCACCGAGUACAAGAGCAGGAUCGACGCGCUGUCGAGCAGCUGGAUGCCCCUCGAGAAGGGUGAAGAAACAAGGAGCCUCAAAGUCACCCUCCACAGAACAUCACCAGGAUCUCUUGGAUUCAGUAUCAUUGGAGGAAGAUUGUGUGGGGAAACAGAGCAGCAUGGGGAUUUCAGUGAUGGCAUCUAUGUAUCCAAAAUAGUGGAAAACGGAGCAGCUGACAAGGCCGGACUGCAUGUUCAUGACAGGAUCGUUGAGGUAAAUGGAAGAAGCAUGUCUGUUGCCACCCAUGAUCAAGCAGUAGAGGCUUUCCAAACUGCCAAAGACCCUAUUGAGGUUCAGGUACUGCGCCGGACAGCACACAAUACCUGCAAGACUCUUGACCCAGCCCGAGGAAUGGAAAACAGUACUCAGACCAACAUUAUGCUGAAAACCUCAAACCAUAUAGAGACUUUGGCCAAGUUACCAUUGCAGGAGAGUUUCCGUUCACCUUCACAACAUCAAAUGGCAAGACGUGACUCACCUUACCCCUCAGACUUCCACAACGGUUUACAGAAAGACCAUGAGAGUAGAGCACUGGAAUACAAGGUGGAUCUGCAGAGGAAAACCACUCAGGAUAAGCUUGGCCUGAAGUUAUGUUACAAGACGGAUGAUGAGAAGUCCGCCAUUUAUAUCAGCGAGAUUGAUCCAGAAGGAAUUGCAGCAAAAGAUGGCAGAGUCCAGGAAGGAGACCAGAUUAUCCAGAUCAAUGGAAUGGACAUCCAGAGCCAUGAGAUGGCAGUGACACUUCUUACCAAGGUGGAGAGCAAGAAUGUCUCCCUCCUAGUGGCUCGACCAGAAAGUCAGGAUGUUAGCUGGUUGGAAAAUAGAAACAGCUUAGAAGACUCGCACUUGGGCACACUGGAGCAGCAACUUCACCAGGUCAAGGAGUUCACUACACGUAUGCUGCAGCAGAGCACAAAUGAAGAAGAUGGCGGCACUACAGAUACGGCUACUUUACUGUCCAACCAGCAUGAGAAAGACAGCGGUGUAGGCCGCACAGAUGAAAGCACUCGUAAUGAUGAAAGCUCAGAGCAGGACAUCGUGGGGGAUGACCAGAAUUCCCUCUGUGACACGCUCCCAGAAAGCCACAGGAAGUACAUCUAUAAUCAGGAAACUGUCGAAAGUGGCAACAUGCACCUAAGCAAUGACUCCUUCCUUUCAGCUGACAAUGGAGACGGUGGAAGCUUCCUUGGUGUACCUGGCACGGCAUGUGAACAUUUCUGGAAACUGCUUGAAUUGAAAUCUCUGGUCAAUGGUAACAGUCCUCAGGGAUUUCUGGAGCAUAAUGCCCCACUGUAUGAAAAGGGGGUUAAUGUAGACUGCGAUGAUCGGGAGAUUCGGAUGCUUAAUGAAGAGUUGCUUAACAUUGAGCUGGAAUGCCUGAGUAUCAUACAAGCACACAGGCUUCAGGCUGAAGGUGGUGGUCAACAAGCCAAAAAACCUAAUGCCAAGGACUUUUCUGAGCAAGUCCAUCAGGACCUCAUCAAUAACCAAGUGGAUAAUGAAGGCUCUACUAGUGCUUACAACACUGGAGAGAGCUGCUCGAGUUUACAUCCUACUCUGGAACCAGAUUCUCUUGAAUUCCAAAGAAUGGUUGCUGGAGACAUGGGUAAAGGUUCUCCAAUGCAUAGACGCAACUCAACAACAGCAUGCUCCAAACAUAACCUCUCUCCCAUUCAGGAGAUCAGCCCUACCAAGAGUUUACCUGGAGAUCCAGAGGUUACAAAUCAGGGGAAACGAAAGAGUAAGAAAAAGAACCCAAGGAAGAGUCUUUUGACAUCCUUGCGUCAUUCGUCGUACAAGAAUACCUACAUCCCAGCCCAUGCACAACAUUACCAAAGCUAUAUGCAGCUUAUCCAGCAGAAGUCAGCUGUAGAAUAUGCCCAGAGUCAAGUCAGCUUAGCCAGCCUGUGCAAGAAUGCAGAAACCCCCCCCACAGAGUCCAGGCUCAAGACGGGGUGGAAGGUAAAGAUCCGUAGUGAUGGAACAAGAUACAUCACCAAAAGGCCUAUCAGGGACCAGCUUCUGAAAGAGCGAGCCUUGCGCAUUCGAGAAGAACGCUGCAGUGUGACUACAGAUGACGAUGCAGCCAGCGAACUAAAACUGGGUCGAUACUGGAACAAGGAGGAGCGCAAACAGCAUGCGGCACGGGCCAAAGAACAGCGUCAACGGCGGGAACUCAUGAAGCAGUGCUGCAUAGAGAGCAAAGAACAAGCAGGAGCAAUGGACAACAAGGAGCCUGAUAUUAUCCAACUUAGCCGUAAAAAGAUGAUGAAGAGGAGGAACAAGAGGAUAUUUGAUAAUUGGAUGACCAUUCAGGAGCUGCUGACACAUGGCACGAAGUCCACAGAUGGUACAAGACUAUAUAAUUCCUUUCUUUCUGUGACUACAGUAUAAGGGAUUGCGCGGUUUAGGGCACAUUACUAGUUUACUGUGUAAAAUUAGGUGAGGGUUGGUGGGGGAAAUCUUGCCUCAUUUCAAGAGGUAGGUCAUAUUGGGACUUAAGUAUGAAAGCGAUUUGGGAGACACAGUAGUUCGAGUACAUAUGCGUGAUGAUAAAUUCAAGCAAACUACAGAUUUCCUAUCUUAAUACUUUAUAGAACUUGAUGGUGCACUAACAUUGCGGUUUGUAAUGAAAUAUUUUAUUGAACGACUCAUCAUAGUUUAAUGUAAGAACAGAUGCAAAUCUAUUUUAUGUGAAAUUCUGGCUCUUAUUUGCAGUUAUUUGCAGUU